AUGUCUCCUCGCACCUGUCUGACGCUAGAACAAAAGAUCCAAGUGCACCUAAAGCUCAAGCAGAAUCCUGGCAUGAACAACCCCAUGCUCGCCGAGUGGAUCUACGCAACUUUCAAGGCCCGGGUCAGCCGUGCCACACUCGCCCGACUGCGCAACCUGCCUUCUUCCUACUUCAGCCACGUCGACCUGAGUGCGACCAAGCGGCGCCGAGUGAAAUUCCCUCAGUUCGAGCGGGAACUGAGGGAAUUUUUCUUUCAGAACGAAGCUAAAACGGCGAUGGCGGACGACGUGCUCCUGCUGAAGGCGCAUGAGCAGGCGGAGCGCUUAGGAGGAAGAGGAGGAACAGGAACCCGCAGUUCAACCUGCCAUUGCUCUGAGACACUGCAUGGAGCUGGCUGCAUUUCUGCUGCAAUGCGGAGAGCAGACUGA